AUGCUUGCCGACGGCGAAAAUCCGGGAAUGGUCAGCCAAACAGUGUUCCAGUGCUCGGUGCCGUACUGCGAGCGUUCGUUUGACGACAGCUACACACUGACCGAGCAUCUCAAAAAUCACGCGGAUGAGAAGCGCCACAUCUGCCCCGUUCGUGCGUGUGGCCGUCGCUUCAGCACGCAGGGCAAUCUAUCCCGUCAUAAACGCCUGCAUGGCCCCAUCAAACCCCUCAGAUGUCCAGUGAUCGGCUGCAUCUGUACGUUUCGGAGUGAGAACAAGCUUUCCAAGCACAUGAAGUUUCAUUUAGGCAGCUCCGUGCAUGUGUGCCGGUCACCCACGUGCGGUAAGACAUUCAGUACUGCGGGCAACUUAAACCGACACAUUAAGGGGCAUCACCCGGAGCUGGACUUGCGAAAAAAGAAGAAGAUUUUGGUCUCUAAUAUGAUGCCGCUACGGAAAGCAGACCCUUUGAAUGGCAGCCCCACUGGCUCGGAUGAGUUGCUACUGACUAAUGUGACCUAUAAUCCUAUGACAAGGCCCACAUCGUGCGAGUCAACUAUGUCACCGCUCCAUGCAGCUCCAUCCAGCCCGGCAUCCCGAUCUCCAUCGACUUCGCCUAUUGUAUCAUUGACAUCAAGCUUGACCUUACCUGAUCCCACAUCUGAUCCAAAACAGUUCGACGCACUAGUGUCCACUCUGAACGAGACAAUAAAAGUUGAAGACCUAGAGCCGCAUGUUUUACAAAGUGAGAAUCUUUGGACUGAGCAAGCAGUAAUAACUCCUCCAAGCGUACUCGAUGACAUGAUUCGAUUUCAUAUUAAUUAUCUGUAA